UAACACUAGUCUUUAUCUUGGAGACCAAGAGUCAUUUUGCAAAUUUGUGGUAUCAUUUCCCUAAACAACUUAGGACCAAACUGUACUUCAUUUCCUCAGUUCUGCAUUUCUACAGAGGCAGAAAGAAACAGCUCUUGCAGGAGUUGUGAUAACUUUUUAUUAUACUAUGUAUACAUAUGGACUAGCAUUAACAAACGAACUAGAGAAGGAUGUAAUAAAUUAGACAUCUCUUCAUUUUAGAGGGAAGAUGGAAACAACAUUGCUUUUCUUUUCUCAAAUAAAUAUGUGUGAAUCAAAAGAAAAAACUUUUUUCAAGUUAAUACAUGGUUCAGGAAAAGAAGAAACAAGCAAAGAAGCCAAAAUCAGAGCUAAGGAAAAAAGAAAUAGACUAAGUCUUCUUGUGCAGAAACCUGAGUUUCAUGAAGACACCUGCUCCAGUAGAUCUGGGCACUUGGCCAAAGAAACAAGAGUCUCCCCUGAAGAGGCAGUGAAAUGGGGUGAAUCAUUUGACAGACUGCUUUCCCAUAGAGAUGGACUAGAGGCUUUUACCAGAUUUCUUAAAACUGAAUUCAGUGAGGAAAAUAUUGAAUUUUGGAUAGCCUGUGAAGAUUUCAAGAAAAGCAAAGGACCUCAACAAAUUCACCUUAAAGCAAAAGCAAUAUAUGAGAAAUUUAUAAAGACUGAUGCUCCAAAAGAGGUUAACCUUGAUUUUCAUACCAAAGAAGUCAUUACAAAGAGCAUCACUCAACCUACCCUCCACAGUUUUGAUGCUGCACAAAGCAGAGUAUAUCAGCUCAUGGAACAAGACAGUUACACACGCUUUCUGAAAUCUGACAUCUAUUUAGACUUGGUUGAGGGAAGACCUCAGAGACCAACAAAUCUUAGGAGACGAUCACGCUCAUUUACCUGCAAUGAAUUCCAAGAUGUACAAUCAGAUGUUGCCAUUUGGUUAUAAAGAAAAUUUAUUUUGCUCAUUUUUAUGACAAACUUAUAUAUCUGCUUCUAACAUAUCACAUGUUUAUGUUAAUAUCUGGUCCCAUCCUUUAAACUGAAAUAUGUCAUGUGAAAUGAUUUUAAAAAUGUAAAAACUAAACUUUUUGUUAACAAAGUAUAUACAGUAUCUGCCAGUAUAUUCUGUAAAACCUUCUAUUUGAUGUCAUUCCAUUCAUAAUCAGAAAAAACUUAUUUCUUAAUUAAAAGGCAGUAGAAAAAAGUAAUAAUGUUUUAUAAGAUUGUAGAGUUAAGUAAAAGUUAAGCUUUUGCAAAGUUGUCAACAGUUCAAACAAAAAUCUAGUUGGGAUUUUUUACAAAAGCGGCAUAAUAUGUGUUAUACAAACAUAAUAAUACUCAGAUAUCCAAAUGUUCAGAUAGCAUCUUCCAUAAUGAAUGUUCUCUUUUUUCUCUUUUUUCGGUUCUCUUUUUACAUAGUGUAGAAGUGAUCUGGUUCGUAUAAUGGGAAAGGAAGAACAUUUAUUAUUGGUUUACUACUAACCCUGUCCCAAGAAUAGUAACAUCACUUCUAGUUAUAAACCAGCAACAGGAACUUUUGUGAAGACACAUUCGUCUCUACAGAACUUCAGAUUAAAUAUAAUCUAGAUUAAUGACUGAGAAUAAGAUCCACAUCUGAACUCAUUCCUAAGUGAGCAUUAACAUACCCAGUUAUACAAAGCACUUCUGUUGGUCACAGAAACAUGACCAGAUUUUGCAUAUCUCUAGGUAGGGAACUGAGUAGACUACCUUAUCACCUGCUAAGAAAACUUGCUACUAAACUAUUAGGCCAUCAAUGGCUUGAAUAAAAACCAGAGGUGGUUUUGCCCAGGAGGUCUCAUGUUUGGCUCUUUGGAAUUGUGGGUAGAAAUCAGAAACCAGAUGAGGGGAAGAAGCAAGGAGUCUAAGGCCCUGGCGAUUUGGUCAUCUGCCACAUUGGUUCAUAUUCAGAAGGUGUUAUUUCAUUGAUUAUAUUCUUGUUAAACAAAUCUGCUUAAGUAAUUAUUAUUCAAAUAAGAUUAUACUAAUUCAUUUAUAUGUGACUGUUUUAAAGAGCUAUUUAAUUUUAAAUGUGUUACAUGGUCUGUAAAUAUUUGUAUUUAAAAAUGCCAUGCAUUAGGCUUUGGAAACAUAAUGUUAGUGGAAACGUAAAAUGUAAACACUUUAGAUCAUUUGUAGUGAUAAAUAUUUUUAACUUCAUUCAUACAGUUAAGUUUAUCUGACAAUAAAAGCUUUCACUGAAUGUUGAUUAUCCUUCCUGUUAUGUAAUAAGGAAUAAACAUAUUUUCUUCUUUUAGAGUAAUAUUGGGAUAGAAAGUAUUAAUUGAGUUAUUGUAUCAUUGAUCUUAAUGCUAUAUCAGUUGUUUAAACUGUUGUGAACAUAAAAACAAAGUAUCUUGCAUUUCAGAAAUCAACUAAAAAGGUGAUUUUUAUGUUUUCCUUGGUUAAUUCCUGUUUUCUUUUUCUGUAUAAAAUUUAAUUGUUUCAUAUACAGAGUUAAGACUUGAUACAAACUUUGUGAUCUCAUCAGAAACAUCAUGGGCUGAUUUUAAUAGCAUUGCUGUGGUACCACAAAUACGUAUCAUGUAGCUUUUCCAUAUAUAAUGCUGUUCAAAAUCAUCUGAUCUCUUUGUUAAAUUAUGAAAUAUUCAAUGAGAUGCUUCAAAAACAUAACAGGACUUCUUCAUAAAAUUAAUCACUGACUUCAAAAACUUUGCACUUUCUGGAGGAGACAACAUGGACAAAUACAGAAACAAACUAAAUAAUUGGACAACUGAAAGUAGCCAAGUACAGAUGCACAGAAAGCACUGAGUGUUGGCUGAAUGAUGACAGAAUGCACAACUUGAAACUAGACUUGAAAGCCUCAGUAUGCGAGUUCCCCUAACUGGAUGUGGGAUCCCCAGAAGUUUAUAUAACUUCUAAGGACUCUUUCCAUCCACAUUCAUUUUAAGAUAAAGACUCAGGAUUUCUACUUUCUAGUGUUCUUUAUGGUCCCCACACUCAUUAAUUCUAAUUUGUUCACUUGAUAUUCUCCAAAGCAACUCUUGAUGUGUAUCCAAGGAAAAGAGGCAAACAAGUAUAAUUAAUGAAGGAAAACUUAAAACUAAAAGUUAACAUGGGAUGUUUGUCUAAGAAUAGGGCACAAGAUUAUAGAAAACCCAGAAAUAUAUGAAGGAAAGAAGCCACAGGAAAUAGAGCUUGAAUUUUUUUUGACCAGUCCAGUGUAUAAUAACAAUGUCUUUAAAGUAUUGGAUGAUAAAUAAAAUUGGGUUGAAUUUGAUAAUUUGGGGCAUUUUUUGAAGUCCAUAAGCAACAGUAAAUACCUAGGCUGUCAAGUUAUGAACAUAAUAAAAGAUCAAUAAGUGAUUGCAAAGUCAGGUGAAAUCAAAAGGAAGCAUGAGGAAGUUAGAGUCGUAUUUCAGCAAAGAGUAAAGUCUUUAAUUUGUGGUGCAUUUUUAUUUGAAUUCUAUCUCUACUAUCUACGAAGUGUACUAUGUUGAGAAAGCUACCUAAAUUCUUAUCUUCAAUUUUUUAUUUGUAAUAUUGGAAUACAAUUUUCACAAUGUUUUCAUGGUGAUUAAAUUGUAAGUAUUUG